CGGCGACUAGGGACGGGACGGGAUCCGUCCGGUCAGUCCGUAGCCUAGGAAACGGGUGUAGCUACAAGACAACAACAUUGAUAAGUCAUUUUUCUUAUCACACUAUAGAAAAUUGAUCAAAAGAUAAAUCCAAGGUAACAAUUUAUAUCGUAAAAGAAGAUUUUCCGUAUAGUAGUUAAGUGUUCAAUACAAAAGGUUUGCAGAAAUUAGGUCUUUUUGACAGUUCAAAGUAUGGCUGGCAGAUUUUGACUGCGCCGGCGACGAGGUGCUAGUGGAGUCGUCGCCGCCCCCCUCCCCCGGCAUGGCGGCGCGGCUUGCGGGACCCGCUCAGGGAGCGGGUACAGGCGCGGGCGGGACAUCCCCGAGUGCAGUGCGAGAGCUGAUCGUCAUACCGGAGAUACCCAACUCCAUACAUCUGCAGCACGCUAUACAUCAGGUGACAAACAAUGUGGUGGAAGUGAACGGUGACAGUUCGGGCCACUCCAGCCCCACUGCGGAGGCGCAGCAUACGUACAUUACGGUAUCAAUGCAGGGGGCAUGGCAGCAGCCGAACGUCAAAGCGGAGAUCAGCAGUGAGGAAGAAAGCGAGGGCGGCAAUGGAGUCAACUACCACGUGCAGUAUGUGGAACCGCAGGAGAUCUACACGCAGAAUCAUCAGCAACAUCUCGAGCCGCUACGGUCAUACCCGGUGUACAGCGUGACGGCGGUGGCUGACGAUCCCGCCGCCGAGGCGUGGCCCGCUGCCGAGUUCUCUGCCUACCCCCAUGUGGUGGCAGGCGAGGAGGCUGAAACGGCUUCGUCGCCGGCGACUCCUGCUCGUGAGGCUCCACAGCCGCCGCGCAUGCCGCCCGCCACCGUGCAGUGGCUGCUCGACCACUACGAGACUGCCGAGGGCGUUUCCCUCCCCCGCUCCACACUGUACGCCCACUACCUGCGCCACUGCACCUCCCACCGGCUGGACCCGGUGAACGCGGCCUCCUUCGGGAAACUCAUCCGGUCCGUCUUCAUCGGGCUGCGGACCAGGAGGCUGGGCACCAGGGGGAACUCCAAGUACCAUUACUACGGCAUCAGGGCGAAGGCGAAUGUCAAUGAUUCCCCGCCCAGGCAGGAUAUGGGCGACGAUAAAGGGGAGAUAUCGGAUCAACAGGAGCCCCGUGAACGCGAAGCGGAGUCAACCCCGGCGGGCCUGGCGGGGCUCGCACACAGGCAGUUCCUGGGCCCCAUCACAGCGCCCGAGCCGCCCGAGCUGGUGGUGGAAGAUCUGCCCGAAGAUGUUCCCGCUUCGGCCAUCGAAGCUCUGAGAGAUCAUCAUAGGGCGCACGGCGUGGAGUUCCUGGAGGCCGUGAGCGCGCUGGACACGGGCGCCGUGGAGCGCGCGCGCCGCGCCUUCUGGCGGGGCGGCCUGUGUCGCCGCGCGCUGGCCCGGCUCGCCACCAGGGCGGACGUGGCGAACUGGUUGCGACGUGCCGACUUGGUUCUAUACCAGGCCGCUGUGGAUUUGCUGCUGCCCGACGUACUGCGGCCCAUACCGCCGCAACUCACGCAGGCGAUCCGCAACUUCGCGAAGAGCCUGGAAGGCGCGCUGUCGGCGGGCGGCAGCGGAGCCCCCAGCGCAGCCGCCCGCGCGGCGGCGGGCGCGGCCGGAGCGCUGGCGGCCGCGCUGCGCCGCUACACGUCGCUCAACCACCUGGCGCAGGCCGCGCGCGCCGUGCUCAACAACCAGCUGCAGAUACAGCAGAUGCUGGCGGACUUGAACCGCGUCGACUUCCGCGUGGUCCGCGAACAAGCCGCGUGGGCGUGCUCCUGCGGCAGCUCCUCCACUGCGCACCGGCUGGAAGUCGAUUUCAAGGCGACGCUGGGGCGCGGCGCGUCGCUGGAGCAGUGGGCGGCGUGGCUGGAGCGCUGCGUGGCGGGCGCGCUGGCGCCGCACGCCGCGCGGUCCGACUUCACGGCGCGCGCGCGCCGCCUGCUGCUCGACUGGUCCUUCUACUCCUCGCUCGUCAUCCGCGAGCUCACGCUCAGGUCGGCGGCGUCGUUCGGCUCGUUCCACCUGCUGCGGCUGCUGUACGACGAGUACGUGUCGUACCUCAUCGAGCGGCGCGUGGCGCGCCACCACGGCACGCCGCCCAUCGCCGUCAUGCAGCGGCAGCUGGAGGAAGAUUUGACGGACGAGAACGGUCGCACGGCCGAGGACGACGACAACGAGUGGGAGUGGGAGGACGACGACGAUGACUCUGACGACCCCGUCCCCGACAAGAAACACAAGAUGGAGUGACUCCUAUAAAGAAGGGACCCUUAAAAAUGUACGUUCUUACCAUUGAAAUCGGAAUAAUGCAACACAAUGGAUAUUUUUUUUUUUGGAAUUAAGUGUCAUCGUCUUGCAUCGCACCCUUUCUUUCUUCUCUGUCUAACAAACCUCUGAAUAGAGUGGGAAUAUGAAGAUAUUGUGAUGUGGCUCACAACAGUUGCGACGUCGCAUUCGUCUAUUAUUCGUUGCAUUACUUGACAAUUGUAUAGUCUCAAAUUAUUACGAUUUCUAUGGAUCUGACUAAAGCCUUGUUCUAGUCACAAGGACCAAAGGGCGGUUAAUGAUGAAGAUAUAUUUUAAAAUGGCGCUCAUUGCAAAGAAAGUAUGAUGAAUGGUGGGAUUAUGCUAGGAAAAUGUUGUAUGAAAAUUUUCUAGAGUGAUACCUACUAUAGUAACUUGUGAAAUAUAAGAGGGAUUUGAUUAAAAGAGCGGUCAACAAAUAUAAUUUAAAAUGGUUGCUAUUCAUGCAAUUUGCAAACUUAAAAAUUAUAGAUAGAAAAAGUGUAAAAAGAAACAAAAGCUAGCGAACAACGAAACUAAGGUAAAUAUUCCGCGAUUACAAAUUGCCGCUAUUUCGUACCUGUUAACAUACACCACAAACUGCUGGCUGAUGUUAUAUUAAAAGUGGGGGUUGGUUUUAUUUAAUCCUACUCACUUGUUAUACUUUGCAUGCCUCAAGAGUGAUAUGAAUAUUAUGAAUAAUUUCAAUAUUACAUCAUGAGAUGUUAUGAAACUCGCCUAAAAUGUAGAUGCAUUUUCAAAGAACUUUUUAUGUAUGUACUGCAUAUGCAUGCUGCAUUGUUUGGUUGAAACGCUUUCUGUCUCUAUUAGCACAUGACAGAGUAUUCUAGAUUCAAUUAUGGAAAAAAUGCAGGUACUUUUGUUGUUAAGUUCCACUUUUAACAUUUAAUGUAAGGUUCAUAAAAAAAGAUGAAUAUAUGAAUGUAAUUAAUGACUAGUCGUUAAAUGUUGUAAAUAACCCUGUAGUUGAUUCAAUGCCAUACCCACAAAAGGUAUUAAUUAAAAUAAGUGUGAUGUGUAGAAAUGCACUAAUAUUGCACAAAUUAAAAUGCGUGUUAAUAUUAAACGACAUAAAAGAAUAUUUGUAUAUGGUAUCAUGACCAAGGUUAGACAAAAUUAAUCAUAUUUAAAUUUACUAAAAAUACUGGCAACAAAUAAAAAUAUAAAAACAAAAUUCUCAAUAUAAAAGUGUUUGAUGAAAUCGAGGGCUAAAAUAAGUUUAUCGGAACAUUAUACAAAUUAAAAAAUAAUUCUAUCCUUAAUUCAAAUUUGUAAAUAUGAAAAAGAAUAUUUAAAAUACAGCCAGUAUUAUUUACAGUAAAAUUUUUGUUAUAUAGGUCUAUUAUGGACCUAUUUGAAGUAGAUAAAUGUAUUCGGACAAAAAACAUGGUAUUAAAAUAUUGUUCAUGUUGUUUCGGCUCGGGGUCAUUGACAUUGCAACCAAAGCGGUAGUGUAAAAGCUAGUUAGUAAAAAAAUCUGUAUAUUAGGCACUGUAGAAGUAGAUUUUACACUUGAAACAACCCCAUGUAAGUAUAACCAAAGAAAGAGCUAGUAUAAAACAAUUGCUUCAUGUAACUAUGUUUUGCAAAGUAGAUAAUGUUACUCUUAUAAUUUCUUUGAUAUCUAUGUACAUUUUGAAUUAAACUUAAUCUAGUGUACUGUCGGUUAAGUCGUGAUAAAUGUUAAGUGUAGCAUUAUGAGUCGUUAGUACCAAAGGAUUCACUUUUUUAAUUCCCGCCACUUCAGAUUACUGUCAUAUAGUUUUACAAAUAAAUUAUAAUUACACAUUGUUUAUUUUAUGUAGAAAAUACAUUUUUACAUUAUGUACAGCAUUAUCUUUUUCAUUUACUGUACAUUUCACAUACAAUUAAAAAUUAUGUUAAGUAUUACUGAUGGACUCUCCAUUUAUUUAUCAAAGUUUGAACCUAUUUUUAACAAGUUUUUGAUUAUUAUGUUUAUAAUAAUCAAAAGGAAUUGUCAUAAACUAAAUAUUUCAUUAUUCUGUCCCAUAGACCUAAGAAUAUAUUUACUCUUUAAUAAGUAUCGUUGAAUAUAUAUAUUAUAUAUCUGCAGUCUACAGAAAUGUUUAUCUUUUUAUCUCGCCUUAAAUAUACCACAGACGGCCUAAUAACACAAUUUCAGUUUUAAUUGUCGGCAACAUAAAGCUAUCCUGCAUAUACAGUCAACGACAGAGAAAUCUUACCUUACUAGGGUAAGGUAAGAUUUCUCUUGCUUAUGCUUUGUAAUAACAAGUUUUUGUUUUUUCUCUGCGUUAACUGUACUUUAUUUGUAUCAAGUGGUAAUUCUAUAUAGCACUGAAGUGGGAAGCUUAUUGUCGUCAUGUGUACUCGAUACAGUAUAUUUUUGUAAUUCAGAUACGCAGUUUGACUGCCUUAAAGUUGCCUUACGAACAGUUACCUCGAUCGCUAAGUGACUCGGCGAAGGGUUGUGUAUUAUAGCAAAUAAUGUGAACCCAAAGUUGUGACUAAUUUGAUUAAUGUAUACUGUCCACUUGUACGUUUGUAGUGUAUACCGUUGACAAUAGAUCAGUGCUCCGGACUUGUUAAAUGUAACGAAAUCUUAUUCACAAGAAAUUAUAAAGUAGCAAGACCAUCAUCCACCCAAGUAAAAAAAAAAAUUAGGAUUGCGUGUGUUUUCACGUCACUCUUUAUAGUGAUGUGAGAAACGUAUAUUUUGAUUUUCGAAAUAAGAAUGAAUAUUUUUGUUUAAUUUGAAUUUCCAACUGGUACGUUUCAUAUUUGCUUGUGCGUCACGCUUUAAAUUGAUGUGACAAACCUUGUAAGAAGUAGGUAUAGUCGAAAAGUUAGUUAUUCACUACAGAAGACAGAAGGAGAAAAGAGGAGAGAAAGAAUCGAAAUAAAAGCACUUUAUUAUGGAAAUAAAAUUAAAAAUAUUUGACAAUAAAAAUAAUUCUGUAAUUUUUUCUUAACUAACAAAACCAUGGCAACAGUUGCUAUGGCGUACAUAAAGAAGGUUGCCUACACGUAUUAUUUGAUUUUCGAAAUUUGAAUAAAUAUUUAUAUUUUUGCUUGGUGGAUGUUGGUUCUUAGGUUGGUCAGUGCCUAUGGAACAAAUUUAUUUUUGAACAUAAUCUAAGAUAUGUAGGUAUCGCAAGCAUUGCCUUUUUAGAAAAAUUACAGCUAAAAAUUAUUUUUGUCGUUCACUACUGAAAUUUUUAUUUAUAUUUUUGCAUACCUACAUAUAUAGGAAUUGCACUAGUAAGUAUUACAAGAUAAAUGUUGUGUAGUCAUGGAUGUUGCUCGAGUGUCAAAUUGAUUUUAAUUGAAGGUAUGAUAUGUAAAGGUAUUAGAAAAAACAAAAGGAGGCCUUAUCAUGGUUACAAAUCGGAACAUUUCAUUGAAUAAUCCGCUGCAGGUAAUACUUUCUUCACAACUCUCGAUAUAUUUUUAAAACUCGAGCAACUUUCAUCCUAAAUGUUGAUAAUAUAACAACCAUAUUUAUGUAACCGUAGUUGAUAAGUACAUGUAAUGAGUGUCUUGUACGUACAGAUGGGCUGUACCUAAGAUUAAUUAAUAUUUUCAGACCAAAAAUCACGUAGUGUUAUAAAGAUUUAUUCUUCACUUUGACAUACGAAUGUUAUCAGAUACGUUUUGAACCAAUGCUGUGAAAUGAGAAGUCAUGAUUCUCAAGGUUUAAAAAAAUCUGACAUUUCAAAGUUUCCGACGAAUCUAGCGUCCAUGAACUAUAGAAACGUGGGCCGUAUGCUUGUUUUCAAAAACUAAUAGUUGGUCUGAGUCAUGAGCUUAACUUUUAUACCAAUUAGGUAAGAUUUGUUCCAUUCUAUUAAAUGUUUAAAAUUGAGCAACGAAUUUCUUGGACUGCAUUCCUGUCGAUAGUAAAUUUGAAAUUGUGGUAGUUUAUUUAAGCUUUUUUUUGUAAAAAAGAUUUGCUUCUAUUAUUAUAAUUUUUUUCCCAUUUGCGCAUUUAGAAGUUUAAACGUGUAAAAUUAAUUUUAAAACCCCCUGUCAAGAUUGUCAAUUUGAAUUUUUUGAUAAAUUUUUUGUUUUAAAUUGUUUCCUAAUUGACCUUUGUCAUGAAUAUUAAGGUAACUUAUAACAUUGUAGCCGUUAAAAAAAUGUACCCAUAAACUCAUCAUUUUAUAAAUUUGUUUUUCUAGUCACAACAGGAAUGUAGUCCGGUCUAGUAAGGACGUGUUAGAUGUAAGGAUCAUAAUGUUGUAUAUGAGACGAGUAUAACACUCGUAAUGCGAUGCGACUGAGUGUAAGACUAUGUCUGAAAAUAAACUAGUCAUGUGUUUA